AAAGAAAAAUGGUAAGGUGAGAUACUUUAGGCCCAGGGCCUUGUUUAUAAGCACUUGAAAACAGAGCAAGAAAGAGAGAAAGAACAGAGCACUGCCCAUCAUUUCAAAGCAAAAGCAAAAGAAAAUAAAGAAACAAAGAAAGAACAGAAAAAGAGAGAGAGAGAAAGAGAAAGAGAGAGAGAAGAUAACAGAGAGAGAGAGUUAGAGAAAGAGAGGGUUUUGGGAGAAGGGUUUGGAAGAAGAGAUGCAGACGAGUGAGCAAUCUCAACAAUUAAUGGUUCAGAAUCAGAACUCAGGAAGCUUAAGCUUCAAUAGCAAUCUCUCCAGAGAAGAUGAAGAGAUGUCAAGGUCGGCUCUAUCGACUUUCAAAGCCAAGGAGGAAGAGAUCGAGAGGAAGAGGAUGGAGGUCAGAGAGAAAGUACAAGCUCAGUUGGGUCGAGUUGAAGAAGAGACUAAGCGUUUGGCUACCAUUCGUGAGGAGCUUGAAGGGCUAGCAGAUCCAAUGAGAAAGGAAGUUGCUAUGGUUAGAAAGAAGAUUGAUGCAGUAAACAAAGAAUUAAAGCCAUUAGGACACACUUGCCAGAAGAAGGAAAAAGAAUACAAAGAUGCCCUUGAAGCCUUCAACGAAAAGAACAAGGAAAAAGUACAGCUGAUUACCAAACUAAUGGAGGUUGGUCUCAAAUGCUAUUAUAUCAAAAAUCUUAUUUGCAGUAAAAAUGUUGAUGGGUUUUCUUAUUUAUCUUUGUAUAUUGGAGUUUGACAGUGUUUUUUUCACUAAUUUCAUUUCGAACAGUUGGUCAGUGAUAGUGAGAAGAUGAGGCUGAAGAAACUGGAGGAGCUGAGUAAGAACAUAGAUUCCAUGCAAUUGCACUGAUUUGAUGAUGAUGGUUUAUGAUCAUGAUCAUGAUAAUGAUUAUCAUAACAGCCCCUUGAUGAUAUAACUCCCCUGAUUAGGUUUGUGUGAUGUAUUUAAGAAUUGAGAUUAUGACCUCUUCUUCUUCUUCUUCUUUUCUUCUUCUAUAUUUAUAUUUAUUAUAUAUAUAUAUAAUAUAUAAGGGUGUUUGGAUUUGGUGUAUUCUAAAAAGUCAGUCAGUUUGUUUGUUUCAUUAGUAAAAAGAACCUUAGCUGAUUUUAGGCAGGGAAAUUACCUCCCCUCUUAAACAGGUUUGUAACUAAAACGUUUCUGUGAAAACUCCUUUUAUUGUAAUUUUCUUCUUAGCAUUUUUCUUUUUA